CCGACUCAGAACCGUCGCGGAGCAGAGCGGAGCUUAAGCGGGGUUGCGUCGGAGCCGCAGCCGGAGCUGGUGGGCGCCAUGCUGUCUCCGGAGGCCGAGCGGGUGCUGCGGUACCUGGUCGAGGUGGAGGAGCUCGCCGAGGAGGUGCUGGCGGACAAGCGGCAGAUUGUGGACCUGGACACCAAAAGGAAUCAGAACCGGGAGGGCCUAAGGGCCCUGCAGAGGGAUGUUAGCCUCUCUGAAGAUGUGAUGGUUUGCUUCGGGAACAUGUUUAUCAAGAUGUCUCACUCUCAGACGAAGGAAAUGAUUGAGAAAGAUCAGGACCACCUGGAUAAAGAAAUUGAAAAACUCCAGAAACAACUUAAAGUGAAGGUCGACCGCCUCUUUGAGGCCCAAGGCAAACCGGAGCUGAAAGGUUUUAACCUGAAUCCCCUCAACCAGGAUGAGCUUAAAGCUCUCAAGGUCAUCUUGAAAGGAUGAGACUCAAAAAGCAAGAUGGGGGACCUACGACCAGCAUCCCUCCUGGGGUCAUGGGGACCCAGGACCCUCUAACCUUGAAAGCUGCAAGGACAGAAUCUGCCCUGUAAGGGGACAAGCAUCAGGAAUCUGGCCAUGGCUCCUGUACAAAGCCUCUAUCUGUAGCACUUGGCUGCUCUGUGAUGGCAGAAAGGAACCUUCAGCCUGUCCACGUCUUCUGGGCCUGACCACUAGGGCUGGAUGGACACAAGACCUAUUGAGAGUUCCUGGCAGCCACCAGUGGGUGUGUGGGGGUGUGAGAAUGACUGCAACAGGCACUUCUCAACAAUGGCCUGCUGUCCCAACGGGCCUGGGCAGGGAGAAGGCAGAGGGUGGGGUGGGACCUUCAUUCCAGCAUUCCUCUCAAGAAAGGGGGAGACAUCCUCAGGCAGUGUGUGUAGCAGAAUUGGAAUAAAGUGGGAGGCUCAUGGUGGUUUCUGAAUUAAAGACAGCAUCUUGGUGCUUUAUGGCUCACUGCAGCCAUCGGUGAAGAAGACACACACUUACCCCCCCACCCCCACCCCUCCCCUGCCUCCAUUUUUGCCCUUUUUUCCUGCUUGCUUCCAGGAGUGGCUGCUGCUUAUCAGUCUCCUGUGACUGCUCUAGUCAGGAGGGCCCUGCCUGCCCUGGGGAUGGGAGAGUGGGGCUGCCUCUUUUUGUGCUGCACAUGGCUCCUCCACCACCUCGGAAAGCAGGGCCUGAGCCGUUUGCCUUCAAUGAUCUGAGAUCCUAGUGUGAAUGUGCUGCAAGGGCAAACCGCCUUUUGUGUUUAUUGAGGGCUCAAUAAAAGUUAGCUAAAUGGAUGAA